AUGCUUCACGGACGACUGAAGAAGAAGACGCCCGCGGCGCUCGAGGCGGCCCGGGCGGCCAAGGUGGCGGCGCGGGUCAAGGCGUACCGGGCAUGCGUGGCCAAGGCCAUGGAGAGCAGACAGGCAGGGUCGAACGAUGAGGCGGCGCUCGAGACAGUGACCCGGGCGCUGGAGAUGAACUCGGACCUGUACUCGCUGUGGAACUACCGGAGGGAGAUGCUGAUGGCCCGCAUGGCCGACGGGCGGGCCGAGCCGGCCGACACUGCCGCCGUCGAGCUCGCCUUUACCGCCCGUUGCCUGCGGUCGAACCCAAAGUCGUACUGGCUCUGGCAUCACAGGGUGUGGGUCAUGGAGAUGGACGGCUACACGCCCGACUUUGCCGAGGAGCUCCGCCUCUGCGGCCUCAUGCUCGACGCCGACGAUCGCAACUUCCACUGCUGGAACUACCGCCGCUACAUCGCUGGCACCGCCGCCGUGCCCGACGCCGACGAGCUCGACUACACCCUCGACCGCAUCAACGCAAACUUCUCAAACUACUCGGCCUGGCACUACCGCUCACACCUCCUGCCGCGCAUCCACGGCCCGGACUUUGCCGCCUCGGACUCGUCCUUUGCCACCACAGAGUUUGAGCUCGUCCAGUCGGCCUUUUACACAGAGCCCGACGACCAGUCCGCCUGGCUCUACCACCGCUGGCUCCUCGGCCGAUCCGCCGCCCCACCGCGCCUCACCGCCGUCAUUGCCCUCCCAGGCCCGGCACCCAUCCUCGCGCUCGUCUUCUCCGUCCCGGUCGCCGGCGUCGCGCCUACAAACGUCACCGUCGCCCCACUCCCGCCCACAUCCCCGCCGCUGCGCUGGCGCCCCGCCCACUCGGGCCGCCUCGCCGGCGGCUUGUCGCCGGUCUGGCUCGCUACUCUCGACGCGUCGCCCGCCACACUCUCGGUCGCCGUCAACACUGGGCCGGGCAUCGCCGCCAAGGACGGUUCGCCGCUGAUCGACGGCGUCGCCAUGAACGCCGAGCUCGAGCUGCCGGGACCGGCCACCGUCGUGCUCGAGCUCGACGCCCAGCUCGCUGCCGCUGCUGCUGCCCGUUCCGACCUGCUCGCCCGCGAGCUUGCCGCCUGCGACGAGCUUCUCGACCUCGAGCCCGAUGCAAAGUGGGCGCUCCUCACCAAGGCCUUCAUUCUUGAAGCUCUCGAUCCGGCCUCGCCCGUCCUCGACACCCUCUACACUUGCCUCCUCGACGUCGAUCCCUAUCGCGCCGGUUUUUACCGCGACGCGCUCUCGCGCCGUACCCUCGACGCCGCACUCGCCGAUCAUGACUCCGCAUCGCUCUCGUUUGCUCUUCCUGCCGCCGGACUGGUCGCCCUUGGCCCGCGGACACACGCCCUCGCCUCCGCCACCGCCCUCGACUUUUCUGGCAACCCGCUGCGCUGCCUUGCCGGUGCAGAGGCUUUUGUCUCGGCCACCGCCCUCGAUCUCUCGUCGUGUGGCCUCCGCGAGCUCGGCACACACCUCGCCGACCUUCCGGUCCUCGCCUCGCUCAACCUCGCCAACAACGCACUCCAUCCCGACCCGGCCGUCGCGUUUGCCGGUCUUGCAGGCUCGCCGCUCGCUGCUUCACUCACUGCCCUCGACCUCUCGGGCAACGACGGGUACGACACGCCGGCUGCCGCCGUCGCCGUCGCCGCCAUCUUUCCGCGCCUUGCCCACUGAUGGCGCGCCUCACAGCUCAUCACCGUGCCCGACUGGAAGGUCGGCUCCGGUGUGCCGCGGCCCGCCGUCGGCCUCCCACCGCUUCCGGCGAGCCUCGGCCAUCAUGCCGGCCACCGCCGCCU